AUGGCAAUUUCUGAACAUGACAUCCCCCGCCUCCAACAAAUAAUCCAUGUUGCCUUGGGCAAUGGUGCCAGUGUCUGGGAAAUCAUCAACAAGUUGGAGGAUGCUCUGGAAGGUGCCUACCAUCCACGGGGCUAUGGUGCUGAUGAUCUGGAUAUUGCUACACUAGUCUACCGACUUGGGGGCUGUCAACUUCUCUUUGCCUUAAAUCAGAAGCUUAGUAUCCAAUCUCUGUGCACUCUUCGCACUCAAGCAGCCUUUACUACCAUCUUCCCCACUAUCGGCACUAUUCGGGAUGAACACUUCGAUGCAAACAUCCAGUCUGGUAUUCUUAGUACCUGCACUGAUAUCACGUCACUUCAUGGAGUUAGCAUCAUGAUUGACGAGAUGGCUAUUGAAGAAAUGGCAGUGCAUUAUAGCAAAUACAACAAGAUAGCACAAAAAAUCCACGACAAAGAAGUGCACCUUGGGAAGGAAGUCACUGUGAUCGGUGCUGUUUGUUUUCGGCGAGGACGAGCUCUACCCCAUCCUAGUUGCACCCACAUGCAACACCAAAGAUGCAACAGACAUGGAGGGUGUUCUAAAGUGUGCCUUACAGCGCUGGAAGGCAACUGGCCGAUUUGGUCACUUGCGACUGACAGUGAUGCUACUUGUCAUGCAGUAGGCCAUAGACUUUUCAUGAAGAAGCCAUUAUCCUCAGAGUCGCCGCUAUAUGGUAUACUCAUCAAUAUGCCUGGCUUGAAUAUGUGGACAGGGGAUGAUGACGUAACACUAGACUUUGAUUCAAAGCAUAUUUUCAAAUGUAUAUGCACACUAAUACGCUCUCCUUCAGGCAUCACACUCAACAAUGGACGGGUCAUCAAUGCUAUGAUGCUCUCUCACUACCUUGUGUGGCUGCCUGCAUAUGAUGAAGCCAGUGUCAUGAAAUUCUUGCAUCCCGAUGAUCCACAAGACGUUCCCCGAGCACACGACUUCCUGAAUAAUUCCUUUUCUCCCAAUAUCGACAGAUGUGCUGACUUGAUGUCAAUCGCACUCUUUAGUGAUGUGAUUGAGUCUUUCCUCAUUCCCUUCAUCAAUAUCAAUCUUUCGCUCACAGAACAGGUCCAGUACCUCAGCCAAUUUGCUCAUCUAUCAUUCACCCUCUUCCACUCUCACCGACGCUCCUUUAUGUCUUAUCAACUCUACUACGACAUGCACACCAUGGUCAAGAAUAUUAUGUUUUCUAUAGUGAAGCAACAGGUGAUCGAUUGUUUGGGUGCCACCAAAGAUAUUGAUGGUGUGUUCAAGCACCAUCCUGAACUAGAUCCAGGCCAUUGUUGUCUGAGUCUGGGCACCCAAGUUGAGGACAUAGACCACAUCAACCAUGGCAUGUGA